UCCUGCUGUCACCAUGCGAGACCAGAGGAACUGGAGGCGACCUGGACAUGGAAGCUUCUGGCGGUGAAUUUAAAUCCAAAGACAAUCGAGAUCUCGAUGACAGACAGAAGCAAAGAAUAAACCACCAGACAGGCCCUUACCAGAAAACAGCUUUUGAAGGAGUCAAGAGCAGGGAGAAAGAACAAGAAACACAAGAAGAGGAACAUUUGAUGGAAGAAAAGAAAAAGAAAAAGCAGGAAGAAAAGAAAAAGAAGGAAGGUGCUCAGAAAAAGGCUGCUGAACAAAAAACCAAAGUGCCAGAACCUAUUAAGACCAGUUUAAGCCAGCCCCAACCUGCCGGUACCGGUACCAGUACUUCCACCAGCACUAUUACCAACAGCAGCAAUGGCAAGCGUGCAUCUGCUAAUGGGCAGCAGCCAGCUGCGUCCCGUUACCUGCCUCGCGAGGUGCCUCCACGCUUCCGCCAGCAAGAACAGAAGCAGCUCUUAAAGAGAGGGCAGCCACUGCCUCCUGGGACUCUGACUGGCACCAGCCCAGCGCAAGGUACCGGACAAGCAGGGGCGAGUCCUCCUCCGCAGCAAGGAGCGGGAGGACAGCAUCAUCCCAGUAAGACCCAAGCAGAUCUCAGUCACAGUGGAUUGGGAGACCAUUAUGAAAAUUCCCACUGGGGACAGCAGCCCACUUUCAGGAGUGAAGGCAACUGCAGCUGGGAUAAAGUGAUAAUAGACAGGACUGACAAGGAAGCGUGGCCUUCCAUCACAGGAGCUGAGACUGAAUCUGCCUCAGAAUGUACUACAGACACUGACUCUGCCUCCAACUGUGGCUCAGAGAACAGUAGCAUGGCUACAGGGAGUGCCCAAGGCAACUUCACUGGACAUACAAAGAAAACUAAUGGCAAUAAUGGCGCCAACGGAGCACUCGUCCAAAGCACUUCUAACCAGAGUGCCCUUGGAGCUGGUGGAGCAAACGGUAACGGAAACUCGGCCAGGGUGUGGGGGGUGGCUGCGGGCUCCAGCUCUGGCCUAGCUCACUGCUCUGCCAGCGGUGGGGAUGGAAAGAUGGACAACAUGAUUGGAGAUGGUAGAAGUCAAAACUGCUGGGGUGCUUCCAACUCAAAUGCUGGCAUUAAUCUUAACCUUAACCCUAAUGCCAAUCCAGCUGCCUGGCCUGUACUCGGACAUGAAGGAACUGUGGGAGCAGGCAACCCUUCCAGUAUUUGCAGUCCAGUCAGUGCCAUAGGUCAGAACAUGGGCAACCAGAAUGGGAACCCAACAGGCACCUUAGGUGCUUGGGGAAACUUGCUGCCGCAAGAGAGCACAGAACCACAAACGUCCACUUCUCAGAAUGUGUCUUUCAGCGUACAACCUCAGAACCUUAACACUGAUGGACCAAAUAACACUAACCCCAUGAACUCUUCACCAAACCCUAUCAAUGCAAUGCAGACAAAUGGACUGCCGAACUGGGGGAUGGCUGUUGGUAUGGGGGCCAUCAUCCCGCCCCACCUGCAAGGCCUUCCUGGUGCUAAUGGAACAUCAGUUUCUCAAGUCAGUGGGGGCAGUGGUGAAGGAAUGGGCAGUUCAGUAUGGGGGAUGUCCCCCGGUAAUCCUGCCACAGGAAACAGCAAUUCUGGGUUCAGUCAGGGGAAUGGAGACACUGUGAACUCAGCAUUAAGUGCUAAACAAAAUGGAUCCAGCAGUGCUGUGCAAAAGGAAGGAAAUGGAGCGAGUGCGUGGGAUUCAGGGCCUCCUUCUGGCCCUGGGGUACUAGCGUGGGGCAGGGGCGGUGGCAACAGCGGUGUUGGUAGCAUGCAUUCUGGAGCUUGGGGCCACCCCAACCGUAACGCCAGUAACGGUGUAAACGGUGAAUGGGGCAAGCCCCCAAACCAGCAUUCCAAUAGUGACAUCAACGGGAAAGGAUCAACGGGUUGGGAUGGCUCUAGUGUUACCAGUCCGAAUCCUGCCAUGCAGCAGGGCAAUGAACAAAUGAACUCUUGGGCCAAAGCUGCAGCAUCUGGCACCACAGCUAGCGAAGGAAGUAACGACAGCGGUGGAAGUCAAAACGAAGGCAGUACUGGGAGGGAGGGGGCUGGAGAAGGCAGGAGGAGAGAUAAAGGGAUGAUAGACCAAGGGCAAGUUCAGUUGCCAAGAAAUGACCUUGACCCCAGGGUCCUGUCCAAUACAGGGUGGGGACAGACCCCUGUAAAGCAAAACACUGCCUGGGAAUUUGAAGAGUCCCCAAGGUCUGAACGAAAGAAUGACAAUGGAACGGAGGCCUGGGGUUGUGCAGCUACUCAAUCUUCAAACUCAGGGGGGAAGAACGAUGGGUCCAUCAUGAACAGUACAAAUACCUCUUCAGUAUCUGGGUGGGUCAACUCUCCACCUGCAGCUGUUCCAACAAAUACAGGCUGGGGAGACAAUAACAACAAAGCACCAAAUGGCCCAGGGGGAUGGGGAGAGUCAGCAAGCUCUACUACUGUUAAUAAUGCUGCUGCUGCCAAAAGCGGCCACGCUUGGAGUGGGACCGCAAAUCAGGAGGACAAAUCACCUACCUGGGGUGAACCCCAGAAACCCAAAACUCAAAACUGGGGAGAUGGACAGAAAUCAAAUCCAAGCUGGACUUCAGGAGGCGGAGAUUGGACAGAUUCGUCAUCUGUUCCUGGACACUUGGGUGAUGGGAAGAAGAAUGGAUCUGGAUGGGACUCUGACAAUAGGUCAGGGUCUGGUUGGAAUGAUUCCACGAGGUCUGGGACCAGUGGGUGGGGAAAUGGCACAAACAGCAAGGCUAAUACAGGUACAAGUUGGGGGGAAUCGUUAAAGCCAGGCCCCCAACAAAAUUGGGCUAAUAAACCCCAGGACAACAAUGUGAGUAACUGGGGAGGAGCUGCUUCUGUAAAACAGACGGGGUCAGGGUGGGUUGGUGGGCCAGUGCCAGCCAAACAAAAAGAGAACUGUGAGGCAACUGGCUGGGAAGAGCCAUCUCCACCGUCCAUUCGCCGCAAGAUGGAAAUCGAUGAUGGUACCUCAGCUUGGGGCGAUCCAAAUUACAACAACAACAAGACUGUAAACAUGUGGGAUAGAAAUAAUCCUAUAAUUCAGAGCAGUACCACAACCAAUACCACCACCACUAGCACCAUUAUCAACACAAACAUGGUUGAACCUCAGCCAUCGCACCAGUCAAGUGCCCAGCCGAACCGGUCCCCGCUGCUUGGUCCAGCAGGCUGGGGAGAAAUGCCUAACGUCCACACAAAGACCGAAGCUUCUUGGGGAGAGCCGUCAUCCCCUUCUGCUGCAGUUGAUAAUGGCACUUCAGCGUGGGGGAAGCCCCCCAGCAGUGGUACAGGGUGGGGAGAUAAUCCUGCCGAGUCGGCAGGGACAUACGGAAGAACAAAUGCUCCAGCUGCUGCCCCAGCACUGUGCAAACCAGCUUCAAAAUCUAUGCAAGAAGGCUGGGGCAGUGGUGGGGAUGAAGUGAAUCUCAGUACUAGUCAGUGGGAAGAUGAAGAAGGAGAUAUGUGGAAUAAUACUGCUUCACAAGAAAGCAGCUCCUCCUGUAAUUCCUGGGGGAAUGCCCCAAAGAAAGGACUUCAAAAGGGCAUGAAGACAUCUAGCAAGCAAGAUGAGGCCUGGAUCAUGAACCGCCUGAUAAAACAGCUCACAGAUAUGGGCUUCCCUAGAGAGCCAGCGGAAGAGGCCUUGAAGAGCAACAAUAUGAAUCUCGAUCAGGCCAUGAGUGCUCUGCUGGAAAAGAAGGUGGAAAUGGACAAGCGUGGAAUGGGAGUGACCGACUAUAAUGGAAUGGUCACCAAACCCCUUGGCUGCCGCCCACCACCAAUCUCCAAAGAGUCUUCCAUGGACCGCCCCACCUUCCUUGACAAGGAUGGCGGCCUAGUGGAAGAGCCCACUACUUCACCAUUUUUGCCUUCACCAAGCCUGAAGCUCCCCCUUUCAAACAGUGCACUCCCUAAUCAGACCCUGGGCGGGAUUGCCUCAGGGCUGGGCAUGCAAAACUUGAAUUCUUCUCGACAGAUACCGAGUGGCAAUCUGGGUAUGUUUGGCAAUAGCGGAGCAGCACAAGCCAGGACCAUGCAACAGCCGCAGCAACCGCCAGUGCAACCUCUUAAUUCAUCCCAGCCUAGUCUUCGUGCUCAAGUGCCUCAGUUUCUAUCCCCUCAGGUUCAAGCACAGCUUUUGCAGUUUGCAGCAAAAAACAUUGGUCUCAACCCUGCACUAUUAACCUCGCCAAUUAAUCCUCAGCAUAUGACGAUGUUGAACCAGCUCUAUCAGCUGCAGCUGGCGUACCAACGUUUACAAAUCCAGCAGCAGAUGUUACAGGCUCAGCGUAAUGUUUCCGGACCCAUGAGACAACAGGAGCAGCAAGUUGCACGUACAAUCAAUAACAUGCAGCAGCAGAUCCAGCAGCACCAGCGCCAGCUGGCCCAGGCCCUGCUUAUGAAGCAGCAGCCUCCCCCUCCACAUCUAUCUUUGCACCCCUCUGCAGGCAAAUCAGCCAUGGAUAGCUUUUCACCCCAUCCCCAGGCUCCCGGCCUUCCUGACCUGCAGACCAAAGAGCAACAGUCUUCACCGAACACCUUUGCUCCUUACCCUCUUGCUGGACUGAACCCGAACAUGAAUGUAAAUAACAUGGACAUUACUGGUGGUUUGUCAGUGAAGGACACUUCUCAGUCCCAGUCUCGCCUUCCUCAGUGGACACACCCCAACUCAAUGGAUAAUCUGUCUAGUGCUGCUUCUUCUCUUGACCAGAACUCCAGCAAGCACGGUGCUAUACCUGGAGGUUUAAGUAUUGGUCCUCCGGGAAAGUCCUCCAUUGAUGACUCUUACGGCCGGUAUGAUCUGAUUCAAAACAGUGAAUCGCCCGCCAGUCCACCCGUAGCUGUUCCUCACAGCUGGUCACGUGCCACUGAUAGUGAUAAAAUUUCCAAUGGCUCCAGCAUAAACUGGCCACCAGAGUUUCAUCCAGGAGUGCCAUGGAAAGGACUGCAGAAUAUUGAUCCUGAAAAUGACCCCGAUGUUACUCCUGGAAGUGUUCCAACUGGGCCUACCAUAAACACCACAAUACAGGAUGUUAAUCGCUAUCUUCUCAAGAGUGGAGGGUCAUCCCCAACAUCAUCUCAGAAUGCCACGCUGCCUUCAUCGAGUGCCUGGCCGCUUAGUGCCUCCGGCUACAGUAGCUCUUUCAGCAGCAUUGCAUCCGCACCUAGCAUUGCAGGUAAAUUGUCAGACAUCAAGUCUACGUGGUCCUCUGGCCCAAUCUCUCACACACAAGCCUCUUUAUCCCAUGAACUAUGGAAGGUACCCAGAAACACUACUGCUCCUACAAGACCUCCUCCAGGCUUAACAAACACCAAGCCAUCAUCUACAUGGGGUGCCAGUCCCCUGGGUUGGACCAGCUCUUACUCCUCUGGUUCAGCAUGGAGUACUGACAGCUCAGGGAGAACAAGCAGCUGGCUGGUUCUUCGAAACCUCACACCCCAGAUUGAUGGUUCCACACUGCGGACACUGUGUUUGCAGCAUGGCCCUCUAAUAACAUUCCACCUGAACCUGACACAAGGGAAUGCUGUGGUCCGAUACAGUUCCAAGGAAGAAGCAGCCAAGGCCCAAAAGUCUCUGCAUAUGUGUGUCCUGGGAAACACUACCAUCUUGGCCGAGUUUGCUGGUGAAGAGGAAGUAAACCGUUUCUUAGCACAAGGCCAGCCCCUGCCGCCCACCUCCAGCUGGCAGUCCAACACUGGAAGCAACCAGACGCGCCUGGGCUCAGCGGGCGGCUCGCAUGGCUUGGUGCGUGGUGACGCCGGCCACUGGAACAGCCCCUGUCUGGGCGGCAAGGGCAGCAGCGACCUGCUGUGGGGUGGGGUGCCCCAGUACUCCAGCAGCCUCUGGGGACCCCCCAGCACCGACGACGGCAGAGUUAUCGGGAGCCCCACACCUCUGAAUACUCUUCUUCCAGGUGAUCUUCUCAGUGGGGAGUCCAUCUAG